GCGGCGGCCAGACUGAGAGGCGGCAACACGACCACGGCCCUCUGUCCCGACCACCAUGAGCACCAAACAGGUCACCUGCAGGUAUUUUAUGCAUGGUGUGUGUCGGGAAGGAAACCAAUGCCUGUUCUCACAUGACUUGGCAAACAGCAAGCCAUCCACCAUCUGCAAGUACUAUCAGAAGGGCUACUGUGCCUAUGGAACUCGUUGCAGAUAUGAUCACACAAGGCCCUCUGCUGCAGCUGGUGGUGCUGUGGGCUCCAUGCCCCACAGUGUGCCCUCCCCGGGCUUCCACAGUCCUCACCCUCCUUCCGACCUCACUGCACCUAUUGUGAAAACUAACUUACAUGAGCCUGGGAAACGUGAGAAAAGAACAUUGGUACUUAGAGACCGAAAUCUCUCUGGCAUGGAUGAAGAAAAGGCUUGCCCAAGUGUGGUGAGUAAUCCAGGAGGCAGUGAUGCCCAGAGUAGCCCAGAGAUGAAGCCGAAUUCCUACCUUGAUGCAAUAAGGAGUGGCCUUGAUUACUUAGAAGCCAGCAGCUCCUACAGCAGCGAGGAGCAGCUAUGCCCCUAUGCAGCCGCCGGGGAGUGCCGCUUUGGGGAUGCUUGUGUCUACCUGCAUGGGGAAAUGUGUGAAAUCUGUAGGCUGCAAGUCCUGCAUCCCUUCGACCCAGAGCAAAGGAAAGCUCAUGAGAAGAUCUGCAUGUCAACAUUUGAACACGAGAUGGAAAAGGCCUUCGCCUUCCAGGCAAGUCAGGACAAAAUGUGCAGUAUCUGCAUGGAAGUGAUCCUCGAGAAGGCGUCUGCCUCUGAGAGGAGAUUUGGGAUUCUCUCCAACUGCAAUCACACGUACUGCUUGUCCUGUAUCCGACAGUGGAGGUGUGCCAAGCAGUUCGAGAACCCAAUCAUUAAAUCUUGUCCAGAAUGCCGGGUGAUAUCAGAGUUUGUCAUUCCAAGUGUGUAUUGGGUAGAAGAUCAGAAUAAGAAGAACGAAUUGAUUGAAGCUUUCAAACAAGGAAUGGGAAAAAAAGCGUGUAAGUACUUUGAGCAAGGCAAGGGGACCUGCCCAUUUGGAAGCAAAUGUCUUUACCGCCACGCUUACCCUGAUGGGCGGCUAGCAGAGCCUGAGAAACCUCGGAAACAGCUCAGUUCUGAAGGCACCGUGAGGUUCUUCAAUUCAGUGCGCCUCUGGGAUUUCAUCGAGAACCGAGAAAGCCAGCAUGUCCCCAACACUGAAGAUGUUGACAUGACAGAGCUUGGGGACCUCUUCAUGCACCUGUCUGGAGUGGAGUCGUCAGAACCCUGAAGAUAGAUGGUUGCCCCUGCAUCUUGGGCUCCGCCAGCAGAGCCUUUCCCAAGUAGGGUGUGCAGAGCUUCCUUUACUGCAGCCCCAGGUAGUGUGUUGCUUGGAUUUGAGUGGGGUUGUAUUUAACCUGGGCUCUCAUCCAUUCUCUAUUAUUACAGCCAUGAGAAGAGUGAAGGAUGUAAAGUUAACCUAACAAGUAUAUGGAAUCACUACUUUUAUAGCUGAUAUCUUAGUUACAUCUCAAGCUCCUCGGGGGGACCAGCUAAACAGCCAGACUGAGUUUUGAUUGAUUGCUUUUAAAACAAACUUGGCUCCUAUCCUUCAUGAGCUUUAGCUCCCUAGAAACUACAUCAACUUGCAGUUGCCCCUAAUGCAGAUUUCUUUUUCUUACCAAAGGAUUCUUCAUCCCUAAAAAUGAUUCCUUAUAGUGAAUUUCCAUAGUACUUUAGUGUGUGGUCAAAACCUGAUCUAUACAGGGCUUUUCCAGAAACAAAAAAUGGGCACUGCACGCCUUAGUCCCCCAGAUCAGAGCAGGCGUCUCACUGUUAUAUAGUCAGUAAGCAAAGUAUAAACCUUCUUCCUUGUAAUGGGGGCUCUUGAAGUAGCAGGAAGUACGAGGUGAUAGAUCAGGAGUACAGCCCCUCAUUUCUGGUUAGUGUUGUGGCCACAAUUGGAGGAAACCUUGCACAUGUGCCUCCAGGGAAACAUGUCCUUAGCUCUCCCCUGUGGGCGUGGUACACAUGUGCUUUUUUAUGUGCCGCCUGCCCAACCUGUCAGUCUUACCUGUAAAAAAACUGGUCCAGACCCAUCAGUGGUCCUAAGCAUGUCUUUUUAUCAUCAGUUGUGAUUUUAAAUUGAAGGAGCAUAAUCUUGUGAAUCAGAACAAACUCACUCUAAGCCUGAAUUUACCUAUUUUUAUAAAGUUAUAGAUAUCAAAUAUUUUGUAAAAUGUAUUAAAGUGUGGGUAGAAAAAAAAAGGUCUAUUCUUACCUGAGUUUAGAGUGCUUUAUCAUAAUUUUUAUAGUUAACUCUUUAGUGACAACACAGGCAAAGGCUGAAUUAAAUUCAUUCCUAGCAGAGGCUCUGGGCCCAUUUCGUGCUUCUUGAGUCCUGUUCCAGAAGGGAUGAACAAAUGGAGAGUUCAAGCUGUGAGCUUAACAUUACUCUAAAAGGAAGAAACAGCCAGUAAGCCUACAUUUAAUUUAUUUUAUUAAAAUAACAUAAUUGAGGAACCAUCAGAUAACUGUAUUUUGUCAGGCGCAAUAAAAACAAAAUUAAAACCCAAAUCAUCAAGAAAA